AUGAAUUUCUAAUAACAAACGAAACCCCCAAAAAAUGCAUAAAAAAAAUUGGAAAUACAAAUGAGACCAUUACUGAUACCUGAUUUAAUGGGAAGAAUCCAAAUUUAAGCUACUAAAUAGAAAUAUGCACACUGCUAAAAAAGCUUAGAUUGCAAAGUUGUGAUGAAAAGAUUUAUGGUUCUUAUGGAAACAAGUGAGUAGAUUAAUCUAGACUCUAUGUAUCGAUUUAAGAUAUAUGUGAGAGUAGUUUAAUACAUUUUACUUUUCUUUAAAUUCAAAAAAAUAAGAACUUAAAAAACAAAGUAUUAGUAAGAGAAUCUGAAAGCCUAGAAUAUCUAUAGCCAAAUCUAGGAGGCAAACAACAUUAAUUUAACUUCUUCAAUUCUAAUUAAAUGAUGCAUUAUUAAUGUUUACAUCAAUUACAGAAUGAAUCCAAAUCAGAAAUUCACAGUCCCUAAUCUCAACUUUAUAGGUAACAACAGAACACUCUGUCUUAAAUUAACUUCGAUAAAUUCUUAAAAAGACCCAUACAAUAAUUUAUAAAAUUAAGGAUCUUUGUUUAUAAUAAGGACAUAAAUCAGCAUAACGGAGUAAUAAAACUUGCAAAAACUGAGUAUAGUUAAAAACGAUUUGCUAGUAUGUAACACAGCAUCGAAUACUCUAAACGUCAUAAGCAUACUAAGCAUAUGACUGACACUAGUCUAUUUGAUAAUAAAAUCUAAACUUUCUUAUUUAUUAGAAAAUUAAUGGUAAUUAUUAUAUUCUCUCUAUGA